AUGAAAAAGGACAAGUCGAGGACUAAAAAAAAGCUACCCAAGGGACAAAAUAGAUACAUACCCACGCAGGAAGAAGUGGAAAGAAGAAACGCCGAAAUUACAAGAAAACAACAAAUGGAGAAAGCUGCAAACGCUUCUGAAACGGAAUCUGACAGAGAAUCAUUAUAUAUGACGGAUUCACAAGAUAAUGGCUCAGAAAAUGAAAACUCUUCUGAAAAAAAAAAAAUGGAGAAAAAGGGAAAUGAGAAAGAAAACGAAAAGGAAACACAAAAGGUGAUAGAAGAAACAGAAUCUAAGGAAAAGACCUCUAAAUAA